GAGACGGGCAGAUGGAGGAGGGACUGUAAUGGCGGCGGCCGGCAGCUCCCUGCUCUGACCCGCGGCAGACACUUAGCAACGACCCCCUCCCCGCCCCUCUCCCCGCGGGCCGCCGCCCAACCGCCCGCGCGGGGCCACCUUCCUCCCCCUUCCCCCCCGCCCCCGGCCGUCCGCGUUUCCCCCCGCGCCCCGGCCGGGGCCCCUCACACAAUGGAUGAGCUCCCGGGAGGAGGCGGCGGCGGCCCGGGGAUGGCAGCCCCUCCUCGGCAGCAGCAGCAGCAGCAGGGGCCAGGGGUUAACAUGAACCUACAACCGGGAGCCGGUGGAGGAGCGGCUGCCGGCGGGGGUCAGCCAACGGCGGCGGCGGCGGAGGGCGCGGGCCCCUCCACGGGCCCGGAGCUGUCCCGGCCGCAGCAGUACACGAUCCCGGGCAUACUGCACUACAUCCAGCACGAGUGGGCGCGCUUCGAGAUGGAGCGAGCGCACUGGGAAGUGGAGCGGGCCGAAUUGCAGGCUCGAAUAGCAUUUUUACAAGGAGAAAGGAAAGGUCAAGAAAACUUGAAGAAAGACUUAGUAAGAAGAAUAAAAAUGUUAGAAUAUGCAUUAAAACAAGAAAGGGCAAAAUACCACAAAUUAAAAUAUGGCACAGAAUUGAAUCAAGGUGACUUGAAAAUGCCAACUUUUGAAUCAGAAGAAACCAAAGACACAGAGGUUCCUACAGUACCUCAGAACAGUCAGCUGACCUGGAAACAAGGCAGACAGCUAUUAAGACAAUAUCUUCAGGAAGUAGGUUACACAGACACAAUAUUAGAUGUACGGUCUCAGAGGGUAAGAUCAUUACUUGGACUCUCUGGUUCGGAACCAAAUGGCUCAGUAGAGACAAAGAAUUUAGAACAGAUUCUGAAUGGAGGAGAAUCUCCGUCUAAGCAAAAAGGACAAGAAAUCAAAAGGAACUCUGGUGAUGUUCUUGAAACAUUCAAUUUCUUAGAAAAUGCAGAUGAUAGUGAUGAAGAAGAGGAGAGUGACAUGAUUGAAGAUCUCACAGAUGGAAAAGAAAAACAUCGGAUGAAUAAACACAAAAUUGGUAAUGAAGGCUUAGCAGCUGACCUUACUGAUGACCCAGAUACUGAGGAAGCCCUGAAAGAAUUUGAUUUUUUAGUUACAGCUGAAGAUGGAGAAGGAGCUGGAGAAGCACGGAGUUCAGGGGAUGGCACUGAAUGGGACAAAGAUGACCUGUCCCCAACUGCUGAGGUUUGGGAUGUAGACCAGGGACUAAUAAGUAAACUGAAGGAACAGUACAAGAAGGAACGAAAGGGGAAGAAAGGGGUCAAGAGGGUCAACAGGACAAAACUUCACGACAUGAUAGCUGAUCUGGGAGAUGAUGAGCUACCCCACAUCCCUUCAGGAAUCAUUAAUCAGUCUAGGUCACCCUCAACUAGAAUGACUGAUCACGAAGGUGCAAGAGCAGAGGAAGCUGAACCAAUAACGUUUCCAUCUGGAGGAGGCAAGUCAUUUAUUAUGGGUUCUGAUGAUGUUUUGUUAAGUGUACUGGGCCUUGGCGACCUUGCAGACUUGACGGUAACAAAUGAUGCAGACUAUAGUUACGAUUUGCCUGCCAAUAAAGAUGCCUUUCGAAAGACAUGGAAUCCCAAAUAUACACUACGUAGCCAUUUUGAUGGAGUACGGGCAUUAGCUUUUCAUCCUGUAGAGCCUGUGCUGGUUACAGCCUCUGAAGAUCAUACUCUAAAACUUUGGAACUUGCAAAAAACAGUCCCUGCCAAAAAGAGUGCCUCAUUAGAUGUUGAGCCUAUCUACACAUUUAGGGCCCACAUUGGACCUGUACUAUCAUUAGCUAUUAGUUCUAACGGAGAACAGUGUUUUAGUGGUGGCAUUGAUGCAACUAUUCAGUGGUGGAAUAUGCCUAGUCCUAAUGUGGAUCCAUAUGAUACAUAUGAGCCAAACGUUCUAGCUGGCACAUUAGUUGCUCAUACAGAUGCAGUCUGGGGUCUUGCCUAUAGUGGCAUAAAGAAUCAGUUACUAUCUUGCUCAGCAGAUGGCACUGUUAGAUUAUGGAAUCCACCAGAAAAAUUACCCUGCAUUUGCACUUACAAUGGAGACAAAGAGCAUGGAAUACCUACAUCUGUUGACUUCAUAGGCUGUGAUCCUGCUCAUAUGGUGACUGCUUUCAACACUGGCAGUACAGUCAUUUAUGAUUUAGAAACAUCACAGUCAUUAUUGAUGCUUUCAACACAGGUAGAUUCUGGUUUACAAUCAAAUAAUCAUAUUAACAGGGUAGUAAGCCAUCCCACACUUCCUGUUACAAUUACUGCUCAUGAAGAUAGACACAUUAAGUUUUUUGACAAUAAAACGGGUAAAAUGAUCCAUUCUAUGGUUGCUCAUUUGGAUGCUGUUACAAGUCUAGCAGUAGAUCCUAAUGGCAUCUAUUUGAUGUCUGGAAGUCAUGACUGUUCCAUUAGAUUGUGGAAUUUAGACAGCAAGACGUGUGUGCAAGAAAUAACAGCUCAUAGGAAGAAACUGGAUGAAUCCAUUUAUGAUGUAGCUUUCCAUCCAUCAAAAGCAUAUAUUGCCAGUGCGGGAGCUGAUGCCCUUGCCAAAGUAUUUGUGUGACAAAACAAAUAGCUGCAACAUAAUAGCAGGUCUUCUUGGACAGAAAGAGGGAAUGCAUCACUGCCAUCAAUGAGGUUACUGAUAAGACACUACGUAUGAUCUGCCUAGGCAAAAGCUAUUUUGGGGCAGGUAUAAAUUGGUGAAAAUCACCACAUCUUGAAUAAUGUCAGGCUCAUUCAUUUAACUGUAAUUACUGUAUUUUGUGGGGGCAAAAAGGAAACCAGUAUUUGUAGCCUUUACUGGAUAUGAACUGAGCAUAUGUCUGUUCAUUACGUGUCUAAGCCAAUGUGGAGUCUGAUCUUACAAAAAGACUUAUUUUGGACUCUGUGUGCUGCCUUAGGGUUAGGGUGUGGUGCUCUUGUGGGGGGAAGUGAGCUCCAAGAGUAGCUUUCUUUUCAUCUCUUAGUGAUCUUCUCUGUUUAUCAGUUGAAUGCCACAGAUUCCCUUUUAAAUUUAUUUUGCUUUAAAGAAAAGGAAAUUUAACUUAAAAUAUUUUAGCAUUAGUUGCACAAAAUGUUUGGAUAAAAUUCUAGUUUUUAUAAGUCUUUUUAUAUAUUUAGCCUGUCACAACAGUGCUCAAGAUUGUAUUGAUGAUGUUUUUUCUGCAUUAUAAAACCCUAAAACACAGAGAUCUCACUGACCCGCUGCCGUGUAACCACUCUUCCCUUCUUUUGCCUAAUACAGCUCAGCUAAGUCCUUCCAUAAGGAUGCUAAUUCUUCAUCAUCACAUAACUGUCUUCAUAAAAGUCAUAAAAGGACUGUAAAGAAAGAUGUGUUAAAAUGAAACACUGGGGCUUACUACCCCCAAUGAACUCUUUAAAAUUAAAAAAAAACAACAACACACACACAAAACAAAAAACUAAUAUUGGCAUCCUAUCACUAUGUGAUAUUUUGUACAUCUUACUGUAUUUACAAGUUUAUUUAUCAAGGAUUACCCAUCUUACUCUAAUGGCCUAUUGUUAUUUAUUUCACUUUUUGUUGGUCUUUAUAUCCUUUAUGUAUGUGCUAAAGGGCCCUGUAUAUCUAUUAUGGCAUUCUUUGAACAGUCUAAAAUAGACUAAAAAUGGAUAAUUUCAUAGUUUAAUUUACAAACCAAGUUAUUUUUCUCCCGUUACAUAUCUCAGUUUACCACAAUUCCAGAAAAGCUAUCUUGUUUAAAAAAUAUUUGGAGUGAAAAUGUUAUAUUUGCAUUACAAAUAGGACACAAAAGUAGUUGAAUCAGGAUUCAGAAAUCUGCUGUGUUUGAACUAGUUAUCCCUGUUUUUAUUUUUUCAGAUGUGCUUAAUUUUACGGUGUAACUAAAGAUUUUGUUUGUGUAAUGCAUGAUUAAGACAAUAAAGUAUUUUUUCUAGUCUUCCACAAAACUUUUCUGAUCAGUUUGCGAGUUUUGAUGAGUUUUGUAAGGUUUUUGUUUUACAAACUAUGAAUCAGCAAAUUUUUAAGAUUGUACCACAUAGCAAAAGUACAGCUGUUGAAAAAUAAUGUAUAUAAAAUGCAUAUAAUAAAUAUUAAAUGGUGUACCUGUAUGUUACUGUUGGCUACAUUAUUUUGUGUUGAACAGCAAUAAAGUAUAAUA